AUGCCUCACCCUGGGCGUGGUAUGACUCCGCUCGGAACACUCAGCAAACAAUUGAAAAAACAAAAACAACUUUCGACACCGUAUUUGGUCUUGAGUGGAUCCAAUGAUCAGUGAGUUUAUUUUGGCGGGAAAUUUGAAAAUUCAAAAAAUUAUUGAUUUUUUUUGCAGCUCGAGCCUCAAAAAGGAGUAAUUUAUUUUAUUUUUUGUGAUUUUUUUAUUGAAUAACAUUUUUUCAUAUUUUUUAAAAGUUUUAAACAUGGUUCCGUACUAAAAUUUUCAGCUGAAAAUGCUGAAAAUUAUCAUUUUUAAUAAUGAUAAGUAAUUUCAGCAAUUUCAGCACAAAAUUUUAGCGCGGAACUAUUUUUCAAGCAGAUUUGUGCUUCAUCAAUGCUUCAUUUAAUUAUUCUCAAGAAUUUCAAGAUUCUAGACUCAAAUUUUGUGCUGAAAAUGCUGGAAACAUUGAUUUUCAGCAAUUCGAAGUAAUUCCAGCAUUUUCAGCACAAAAUUUGGGUCAGGAAAUGUUUUUGAAUUUUUUUUUUCUGGAAAAAUUGGUCAAGAAAAAAAAGUUUAAAGUUAAGAAAAACAUUCUCAAUCUUAUAGAAAGUAGCCAAAAUAAUUUCACGCGUAAAUUGUUUUUCAGAAUUGAAGGUAAAUUUUUACUUCCAAAUCAUGAAAAAUAUAAAUAUGCUGAUAAAAGAAAUGAAGAAUUUGGAUUGGUAAGUUUAAAAAGUCGUAGAAUUGUCUUAGAUAAACUAUUCUUGAAAAAAGUCAACAAUAAAAAAAUUGACUUGAAUACAGAGGAUCUCUUCACCCUGAUUACCGAUAAUGUCACUCGAAGUAACACCAGAUAUCACUACAAAUUGCCUAAAUCAAACAUUAGAAAAAACUUUUUUGUUCAUCGAACAUGCUCUCUAUAAUAAUUUCUGUUCUAUUUCUUUCCAAUGACCACAUUUAUUUGAAAAAUCGCAGCAACAACCCCCGGGCGUCCUAUCACUAGGUCCGUAUUUUUACCACCGUCCACACCAAUUUUUUUUUUCUCUCCCUCAACUUAUUUUUUCCACCUAUUUUUCUUUUUAAUUCUAUUAUGUGACUAUUUUCUUUAAUUAUUUCUUGUGUACUUAAUCACGUUAAUAGCGUAUAAUAAAUAAAAAAAUAAAAAAUUGAAGCCAAAGAAAGUGGAUGGUGUGAUUCGAGAAGUUCCAGCUCAAAAAUUCUGAAAAAAUCAUAAAAUAUCAUCCAAAAAUAUCCGGGUGGAAAAUAUACGUUUCAAAAAUAUUGGAAAUAUUUUGAUCUCUCCUCUCGCGUAAUUCUUCUUUCUGACCGUCUCUAAAUAUCAUCUUCUUUUCUGUGUCCUAUUUCUACAGUAACUCAAUGUUCUACAGUGACAGCAGCUCAAAAUUUCAGAUAUUUUCAGUCUUUUGAUAAAAUUCUUGAAAAUAAUUAAAUGAAGCGUUCCUUGACCAAAAACCUUGCUUUAAACAUGGUUCCGUACUCAAAUUUUCAGCUGAAAAUGCUGAAAAUUAUCAUUUUUGAUAAUGUUAAGUAAUUUCAGCAUUUUCAGCACAAAAUUUCAGCGCGGAACUAUUUUUCAAGUAGAUUUGUGCUUCAUUAAUGCUUCAUUUAAUUAUUCUCAAGAAUUUCAAGAUUCUAGACUCAAAUUUUGUGCUGAAAACGCUGGAAAAAUUGAUUUUCAGAAAUUUCAAGUAAUUUCAGCAUUUUCAGCACGGAAUUUGGGUCAGGAAAUGUUUUUGAAUUUUUCUGGAAAAAUUGGUCAAGAAAAAAAAGUUUGCGAAAAACUUUUUCAGCCACAAAAAAUGGCUGAAAAUAUCUGAAAUUAUUUCUUUAAUUUUGCCACGUGUACUCUACAGUAAUCCCCUCAAAAAUUCUGAAAAAAUCAUAAAAUAUUAUCCAAAAAAAUCCGGGUGGAAAAUGUACGUUUCAAAAAUAUUGGAAAUAUUUUUCAAAAAAGAUUUCAAAAUGAUUGCUUACAUACCAAGAUCACGUUUUUGGAAUCACUGAAAGAAUAUAUACUUCAAUUAAUUACUCUGUUCCUUUCUUUUCUCUUACUUUUCCAUUUUUCGCUUGAAUGGAUUGCGAAAAUUUUUCUAGUAUUUCUAGCUUUCGAAAAUAAAGUGAUGCUCAUUGAGCCGCCUUUUUAUAGCCCCAAAAAUGUGUUCCGAACUUCAAUUUUUCAGCUGAAAAUGCUGAUAAUUUCAGCACAAAAUUUCAGCGCGAAACUAUUUUUCAAGCAGAUUUGUGCUUCAUUAAUGCUUCAUUUAAUUAUUUUCAAGAAUUUCAAGAUUCUAGACUCAAAUUUUGUGCUGAAAAUGCUGGAAACAUUGAUUUUCAACUCAAAAUUUCACAUUUCUAACCAAAAUCCACAUUUUUCAUCAAUUUUCACUCGAAAACCACAAUAAUCGAUUGAUUUUUCACCAAAAAAUGAAAAAAAGUGUGUGCAACGACACUCCGCAAAAUGACGACUUGCCCGUUGUUUAGCGCUUUGUUGGAUUUUUCUUUUUUUUCAAGUUUUUUCAAGUUUAAAAGCUCCCAGGAAAUGAUUUACAACUUCGAAAAACAAAAAAAAACAAAUUUUCAAACGUCCGCAUUUUUUUGUGUGCAUUUUUGCGUCAUCUCACGUGUUUACACAUUUCUGUUCAUUUCUUGUUUUUUUUGAGACGGUCAUCUGAAAAUAGCUGAAAUUUGUCUGAAAUUGAAGAGUUUUUUGAUUUCUAGAUGUAAUUUGAGGAAUUUAGUUUGUAUUUUAGUUGUUUUCUUUCGAAAUGUUAAUUUUUCUCUAUUUUUUUCGUCAAAAAUUGAUUUUUAAUUUUUUCAGAAUCGAAUUUUGUAUGAAUGUUUCGGAAAAUGCCGAUUUCGAGUUGUCAGGUUUGAUUUUUACGUAUUUUUCACCGGAAAUUCAAAAAUCCCGUGGUUUUUCAUGAUUAUUUUUAGAGAAACAUUUUGGAUGAAAGCGAAAUUGGAUUUUGGCGGACAAAACAACAAUUGAAUGAUUGGACAACGGAUUUUGAGUGAAAUGUAAGUAUUUUUGGGGAAAAUUUAAAGAAUAUUAGGAAAAUCUGAAAGUUUCAGCUUUUCCCGAACCCGAAACAUUGAAAUUUGAAAAAUCAAGGUUUCGGGUGAGGAAAAAGCUGGAAUUUCAGUAAAAAAUCUUGAAAUUUUGAAGAAAACAACCUGAAGCCUAGGUUUUAGGUAUGAAAUUUGAGAAAAAACUGAAAUUUCAGGCAGGAAGUCUGAAAAAUAGCAGAUUUCAAGCCUAGAACCUGAAAAUUACCAAAAAAAGCCCUAUUUGAACUCUGGAGCUAGAAUUUGUGCUCAAGAGCUCAAACAUUUACUAGAAAUCCUGUUUUUGACUUUCGGAGCUUGAAAUUAUGCUCUAGAGCUGAAAGUACAGCUGAAAAAUCAAGUUUUUGAGCUCUGCAGCUCUGAAAAUGGAAUUUUCAGCCCCAGAUCUUAGAAUUGGACGGCUAAAUUAGUUUUCUUGAACUCUGGAAUAUGCUCUAGAGCUAAAAACCUAGCUGGAAAUCCUGUUUUUGAGCUCUGCAGCUCUGAAAAUUUAAAAAAAUGUUAAUUAAUUGUUUUCUUUUGAAUAUAGUUAAUUAUUUAUCAAAAAAUGAAUAAAUUAUUAAUUACAUAAUCAAUUAUGCUAAUUAAUUAUCACUUGAAGCCAAAGUGGUGGCUGGUGUGAUUCGAGAAGUUCCAGCUCAAAAAAUUCUGAAAAAAUCAGAAAAUAUCAUCUAAAAAAAUCCGGGUGGAAAAUGUACGUUUCAAAAAUAUAUUUAAAAAAACAACACAAAUUCACCACAGUAUUCUGUCUUCUUUCGAAUCAUUCGAUUUUCGGCUUCUUCUCGUUGUAAAUAAAAUUUUUUCCAAAAAAAUUGGAAAGCUUACUUACAGUUGUUCAUACUUGAAUAAGCCUAAGCCUAUAUAGUCUAGGUUGAACCUAUAGACCUUCUUAACAAUAAGCCUAAGCCUAAAACACAGACUGAGUAGAAGCCUAAGCCUAAGCCUAAGGUUUUAGUUAAGCCUAAAUUUAGAAACCCAAAACCUUUUUUUGUGAAUUUUUCACUAGAAAAUGUUGUUUUGUUGAUGCUAUUCAACUUUUUUUUUCGAAAAAACUAGAUCAAAAAGUUCAAAAUGUUUUCUAUUCAUAGAAAAAAUUCAUGUUUUUUUGAUAACAAAAAUGUGAAUAGAAAAUUAAUUGCACCUGGGUCCUAAUCAAAUCAAAAAACAUGUGUUCGGAGCUCAAAAAAUCAAAAAUCCCAAAAAAAAAAUUUUUGGAGCUCAAAAAAAUCACGAGCACAAAAUUUGUAUGUAUUUUCUCAGGCUGGGAAACAAAAGUGCCACGUGGGUUUUUUUGAGGCCGAAAUUUGGAUUUUUGGAGCAGUUUGAGCUCGGAAACAUGACUUUUCGUAAAAUUGAGAGCUCGGGCCUUUUCAGGCCGUGAAAAAACUUGAAAAUCUGAAAUUUUGUGAUUUUUGGAGCAUUUUGAGCCCGGAAAAAUGACUUUUCGUAAAAUUGGGAGUUUAGGGCUUUCCAGACCGUGAAAAAACCUUAAAUUUUGAAAUUUUUUGAUUUUUGGAGCAUUUUGAGCCCGGAAACUUGAAUUUCUGUAAAAUUUGAACCAAAGGGCUUUCCAGGCUCUGUGAAAGCUUAAAAAUCUGAAAUUUUGAGAAUUUCACAUCUCAAAGGACCAAUUUUCAACCAAAAAUCAACAUUUCUCUGAAAUUCAGGAUUUUCAGCCAAAAAAUCACCGAAAUUUCCAGACAAAUAGCUACGACACUCCGCUCGGAACACUCAGCAAACAAUUGAAAAAACAAAAACAACUUUCGACACCGUAUUUGGUCUUGAGUGGAUCCAAUGAUCAGUUAGUUUAUUUUUUGGCGGGAAAUUUGAAAAUUCAAAAAUUAUUGAUUUUUUUUUGCAGCUCGAGCCUCAAAAAGGAGUAA